UAAGAUUGUUUUCGUUGACAAUUCAUGUGUGCGUAGUUUGUUUAUCUAUCCCAAAUAAAAAUGACUCGAUUCUCUUUGACUGUAUUGGCCGUACUUGCCGCUUGUUUCGGUUCAAAUAUUCGUCCGAAUGUGGCAACUUUGGAACCUAAAACUGUAUGUUACUAUGAAUCUUGGGUACAUUGGCGCCAAGGUGAAGGCAAAAUGGAUCCCGAAGACAUAGAUACAUCGUUGUGUACUCACAUUGUCUACUCUUAUUUCGGCAUUGAUGCUGCCACUCAUGAGAUUAAACUAUUGGAUGAAUAUCUUAUGAAAGAUUUACAUGACAUGGAACAUUUCACGCAGCAUAAGGGCAACGCCAAAGCCAUGAUCGCCGUCGGUGGUUCGACUAUGUCCGAUCAAUUUUCCAAGACUGCAGCGGUAGAACAUUAUCGGGAAACGUUUGUUGUUAGCACAGUUGAUCUUAUGACUCGUUAUGGUUUCGAUGGUGUCAUGAUUGAUUGGUCUGGCAUGCAAGCCAAAGAUAGUGAUAAUUUCAUUAAAUUGUUGGACAAAUUCGACGAAAAGUUUGCUCACACCUCGUUUGUGAUGGGUGUUACCUUGCCGGCAACGAUCGCAUCAUACGAUAACUAUAACAUUCCUGCCAUCUCCAACUAUGUCGAUUUUAUGAACGUGCUUAGUCUGGAUUACACUGGAUCAUGGGCCCAUACGGUCGGUCAUGCUUCUCCGUUUCCUGAACAACUCAAAACGCUAGAAGCUUACCACAAACGAGGCGCUCCACGUCAUAAGAUGGUCAUGGCUGUACCAUUUUAUGCACGUACCUGGAUUCUCGAGAAAAUGAACAAACAGGACAUUGGCGAUAAAGCUAGUGGACCAGGCCCACGAGGUCAGUUUACACAGACUGAUGGUUUCCUUAGCUACAACGAAUUGUGCGUUCAGAUUCAGGCCGAAACGAAUGCAUUCACCAUUACUCGUGAUCAUGAUAAUACCGCAAUUUACGCUGUCUAUGUGCAUAGCAACCAUGCAGAAUGGAUCUCUUUCGAAGACCGACAUACACUUGGUGAAAAAGCAAAAAACAUAACCCAACAAGGAUAUGCUGGAAUGUCAGUCUACACAUUGUCCAACGAAGAUGUGCACGGCGUUUGUGGUGAUAAAAACCCUUUGUUGCAUGCUAUCCAAUCGAACUAUUAUCAUGGCGUGGUAACCGAACCGACCGUCGUUACACUUCCUCCAGUCACACAUACAACAGAACAUGUGACCGAUAUACCAGGCGUGUUUCAUUGCCAUGAAGAAGGAUUCUUCCGCGAUAAGACCUAUUGUGCCACAUACUACGAAUGCAAAAAAGGCGAUUUUGGACUGGAGAAAACCGUGCAUCAUUGUGCCAAUCACUUACAGGCAUUUGACGAAGUAAGUCGGACAUGUAUUGAUCAUACCAAAAUACCCGGUUGUUGAAUACAAAUAAAAUUACAAUCACUUUAAAUUGGGUCUAUCAUUUUACGAGCGAAUAAAAGAUUUUUUGUAUUUAA